CUUUUCACCAGAGCCCCUGAUGGUGGGGAUGGACUUGGCGCAGGACUGAGACCAGGUCGCAGCCCCUGAGUGCACCCAACUGUGGUAGAGGGGUCCGCCGAGGGUAUGUACCAGGGGAAGCCUGAUGUGAAGGGGCUGGCAGGUUUGGACAGUAGUGACUGGAUCCGUGCGGGAUGGAUGGAUCGUCUGGGUAGCGUCAGGCGUAGUCAGGCAGGCCAGGUCAGCAACAUGCGGGCAGUGAGGUACCAGAGGAGCAGGCAGAGAAUAGUCAGGGUCACAAGCCGGGUUCAGUAACUCACGGGCAGCGCGGUACAGAGGAUCAGGCAGAAGGAUGGUCAGGAUCAAAGCAGGGUCAGCAACUAGGCAGGAACACAGGAUACCAGGUACAGGG